AUGUCAGAUCUUUCCUCAAAAUACAUUUAUAAUCAACUUUUACAUUCUCUUUUCCACAAAUCGCAGAAGCUCCUUUCUAACUGCAAGGUUCCAGAUGGUCCAAGACGUCAAAAGAGAACUUAUGAUGAUUUCCGGAACCUGAGCCAGUUGCUUCACAGCGGUGAGGGAAAGCGAACCUGCCGCAAUCUCUCUUUGGAAUUUUGCUCCGCUGAAGAGUUGGCGGCCACCCCACCUCUAGACUCAUGGAUACUAGAAACUCUAGGCCUGCAAGACGAGAACACUGUUGACCCAGAACGCAGUUUCAACACCCCUUCUUUCAGCUGUCCACUCCCUACAGAAGAUCCUUACAGUACGACAAAUGUGGACAAUGCAGUCGGCUUCAGCCCUAAUGCAGAGACACGCUGCAAUUACAGCAGCACCGUAGACUCAUCCAGCAACUGCAGUCUGGACACCUCCAGUGGCUACAGCACCUCCCAGAGCUUGCGUUCAGAUUAUUCAACCCUUGACCCCUCAGCUCUGUACACCAUCACAACUACAGGUUCACUGGUCAGCUCUACACCAGCGAUGACCACCGCCCAACACUUCACACCACCACGAGCUGCCUCGACUCCAUUUCAUCCCCAGGACGUAAGCCCUGGUCCAUACUACAACACAGCAGCCUGUGGUUCCUCCAGUCCACCAGGGGGCGACAGUCAACUUUUCUCCACACCUCGUAUGUCCCGUGGCAGGACAGAUUUGGCAUUUAGCAUGUCACUAAGUCCACAAAACAGUGUGAAGACGCACAGUUUCCCUCAAGGACAAGCUUUCACACGCAGAGACGCACAAGGGGGAUGGAACUUCACCUGGGUUCCUAAACAAUGUUCCUAG